CAACUCAUAAACCGAAAGUAGACCACGUGACCCACACACGGAAGUCUACUAACAGCAAACAGAAACACCUCGUAGACAGCCCGGUUUGUGUUUGUUCUCCAGAUAUUGAUUUACCAACGGAAUGGCGACUUCAGACAUCCAACCAACGGGGUUUGUUGACAACUGGCAAGCUGGGAAGACCCUUGCUGAAUGUAAUCUGCACAUGUUCCUAGCGGAAGAUUCGUGUGACGUCACUUUCAGAGUGGGAUAUUCGGGUCAUGUGAUCAAGGCCCACCGCUACGUCCUCAUCAGCAGAAGUUGUGUGUUCCACGCCAUGUUUACUGGCCCCCUGGCGGAGAAAUCCGAUGUCAGUGUUCCGGACAUAGAGAACAACCAUUUCAAACAGUUUCUCCUAUAUCUUUACACUGACAAGACAACUGUGGAUGCUGACAACAUAACCGCUCUACUGUACGCCUCCAGGAAAUAUGCCAUCACUGCCUUGGAAUCAGAAUGUCUGGAGUUUCUUGAGAAAUACCUCAACACUGACAAUGCCUGUGUGAUUCUAGAUGCUGCUGAUCGUUUUGAUCAAAGACCCUUGUUUCAAAAGGCCCUCACCGUAAUAAAAGAUGGAGGUGAGAAGUCAUUACAGUCAGCUGGUUUCCUGGCGCUGAGCCAAGUGUUGGUGGAUCAGAUCGUGGAGUCAGAUGAUCUGGCAGCCGAGGAACACGUGGUCUUUAAUGCUGUCAACAGAUGGGCAGAGGCAGAGUGUGGACGACAGGGAAGGGAGGCAACUCCCGAGGCCAAACGAUCAGUUCUUGGUGAGUCUUUACUGAAAGUUAGAUUUCCUUUAUUGAAGCAAAAGGUCAUGGCUAAGGAGGUCAAAGCUUGUGGUCUCUUGACUGAUCUGGAACGUCUUAAGAUCUUGGAAAACAUAAUAUGCCCUGACAAUGAUGUGAAACCCUUCAACACCAAGCCAAGACAAAGAAGAACCCGCGCUGUCCAUAACACGGUUUCCAAUAGAACUAGUUAUGGCUGGAAUGUUGAUGGAAAAACUACCGAUGCCAUUUCCUUCCAGAGCAGCCAAAACCUGAUGCUCUGUGGAUACAGACUGUAUGGGCCUGAAAGUGAGUCUGCACCAACUACCUACUCUGUCACCACCUACUUUGGAAACGAGGAAAAUGUUCUCCAGAGCAAAAUUCAGGAUAGAACUGAGUACACAGUCAACAGUAAAUUAUUUGAUGUGACGUUUGAGGAGCCUGUUGCCAUGGCAGCCGGAGUGUGGUAUACGCUGGCAGUGCUGAUAAAAGGCAGAAAGACCUUUGGGGGACAAAAUGGAAAAGUAGAGUUGUUAUGUCCUGACGGUGUUACGUUUACCUUCAGAAACUCACAAUACAGUUACAAUGACACUUGUGUCAGUGAAGGACAGAUUCCAUCUCUCCUAUAUCGUAUUGCAUGAUCAAAUUACCAUACAGAAACAGUUCUCUAAAUUUUCCUUUACAAGAUAGGUUUGUUUUGUAUACACGUUGCGUCCUUCACAAGCUUUUUCAAUAUUGCCUCUUUGUAAAUAGAGUACAUGCAUGAGUUUUCUCCCUUACAUCACGCCCAAAUGUGAACUGGCAGCACAUUUUGUGCUGUUAUCUGCUAGUUUGUGUUAUUAGAAUUGCAAUUCUUGAUAACAUGUGGAAAGUAUAUAAUGAUGUUAAUGAAGUCAAGUUGCGUUAGCUGCUGCUCACUCUCAUACUUCCAGUUAUCAAAGCGUUUUACCUUUAUUGUUUCUGGUAAAAACCGAAGAUAUUAGAAAACACAACAUUAAUGUAAGUUUAGUGUGUCAACAGAUAUGGUUGAUAUAAACCACUUUGGCGUCAUUGUAUGGUUGGGGGGAAAUGACGGGCUUUUCUUUGUGCAAAGUACAUUGACCACACACACGCACGGACACACACGCACGCGUGCGCACGCACACACACACACACACACAUACGACAAUAAUAAUAAAUUGUAAUCAUAUUUAAUGCAAUAUGUCUACUCCAAUCAAAAACAACCGCACACCCGUCACAGGGGGUUCGAACCCCAGAGGGGAUUGUAUGCCUCACUCUGACAAUGUGCGUUCGAUUCCCGGAUGAGGACCAAUCUGCAAAAGUACUUGAAUUUGUGCUUUAUUGAUCGAGUGUAAUUUUUGUUUCAUUUGUUCAGUUUCUUAAAAGCAGUAAAUUCGUAGAGGUAUUUUUAUGUCUCGAUUGUUGGCUAUUACAUGCAGCAAUAUGCAGCUUCAUACAGUCAGUAAACAGUACUCACCGAACAUACAAUUGUAAGGCGACAUAAACAUGAACCAUAUACUAGUAUAGAGAGACACUUGUCCAGUCUGACAGCAAAAUAAACGUGCAUGUAGCAUUGUGCCAUGGAGUUGGUGAUGUACAGAUGGCGGCUAAACUGAUGUUGAUACUGCAGUAAUCCCUUGAUGUGGCCAUUUCAAAGUAUUCGUAGAUUUUAGAAUAAACUAGAAAGAGAGGGAGGGUUC